AUGGCACAUAGAGGUGUCGUUGAGGCUAACGAAAAAGAAAACAACAAUGACGCAACGUCAAGCACGGGAGAAAGAUCAUCAAUAUCUGAAAUAUCAUCCGAAAGUAAAGUAUUAAAUUCCAUGAAACAAAAUACUGAACGUUCACAUCCCUACGAACUCCCACAAUUACCAAUAGAACAAAUCGAAAAAAAAAUAAAAGUCCAAGAUCUGUUGAGAAAAUCGAAAGAGGAAGACAAAGAGGAUUAUCAAUCGGAUGAAGUCAGGUAUCAGAAAAUAUUUAUCAACGACGAAGAAUUAUGUGGUGCCGCAUACGAGGAUUUGAUAUUGGCAUCGAAACAUCUCGUCGAAUGUUUACAAAUGAGAGAAAAUUACAUGAGAUUAAGUCAUCAGUCUCUUUUGGGUACGGCAUCGAAAUUUUUACAAAAAUUUACGCAAAGUUCAGACGAUAUAGCAACGGAAUCGGAUUCUAGUAACGUACACCAUUAUAGAGAAUACGAAAUGAAAUUUGCAAACAGAGGGAAACAUGGUGAAAGGUAUUCGAAAAGGGAUUCUUUUGACGACGUUCCUUAUCCCGAAGAUUCCGGUGCUGAUGUUUUAAGUGGCAAACAGAAUAAAUUUUCACCCUGGAAAUGUUAUACUCCAGAACCUAAAAAUUAUAUAAUAGCAUCCGUUAAGGGAGUUUUUCAGUUGUUUAAAAAUCAAGAAAGUGUAAAAAAUAAUUCUCCGGUGGAAUUUCACUGUCCAGAAAGAUCUGCUUUCGUCACCGAUCUAAAUAGAUUGAAUCAAUUAAUUAGCGAUGGACCGUUAAAAUCAUUUUGUUUUAGAAGAUUGUCUUACCUAUCUUUAAAAUAUCAACUUCACGUUCAUUUAAACGAAUUAAGAGAACUUGCUGAACAAAGAUCAACACCGCAUAGAGAUUUCUAUAAUAUUUGGAAAGUUGACACGCACAUACACGCAGCUUCGUGCAUGAAUCACAAACACCUUUUAAGAUUUAUAAAAAAAACAUUGAAAAAUAAUCCGCAAGAAGUUGUGACGGAAAAUCAAAUGACGUUAAAACAAGUUUUCGAAUCGAUGAAUUUAACGGCUUACGAUUUAACGGUUGAUAAAUUAGACGUGCACGCAGACAGAAACACAUUUCACCGCUUUGAUAAAUUCAAUGCCAAAUACAAUCCGAUCGGAGAGUCUAGAUUAAGGGAAGUUUUUUUAAAAACCGACAAUUAUAUCAAUGGAAAAUAUUUUGCUAAAAUAAUCAACGAAGUUUGUAGCGAUUUAGAAGAUAGUAAAUAUCAAAAUGCCGAAUUGAGAUUAUCCAUUUAUGGUAAAAAUUCAAAUGAAUGGGAUUAUUUAGCCAAAUGGGCGAUAACGUAUAACGUUUAUUCGGAUAACGUACGUUGGGUCAUACAAAUCCCUAGAUUAUACGACAUAUAUAAAUCAAAUAAAAUAAUUGAAAAUUUUCAACAAAUCCUUGAUAAUUUAUUUUUACCGUUGUUCGAAACGACCAACAAUCCAAAUUCGCAUCCGGAACUUCACAAGUUUUUAAAUUACGUCAUUGGAUUCGAUUCCGUUGACGACGAGUCAAAACCGGAAAGUUUUAUGAUGGAUAAAGAUAUGCCGCAUCCGAAAGAUUGGAACGACGUUGAAAAUCCACCCUAUGCUUAUUAUCAAUAUUACACUUAUGCAAACAUGACGGUUUUGAAUCAGUUUAGAAGAAGUCAAAAUUUAAAUACAUUUGUUUUCCGACCUCACUGCGGUGAAGCUGGACCCGUUCAACAUCUCAUAUGUGGAUACCUCCUCUGUGAAAACAUUUCGCACGGUCUCCUUUUACGAAAAGUUCCCGUUCUUCAAUAUUUAUACUAUUUAGCACAAAUAGGAAUUGCAAUGUCUCCCCUUAGUAAUAAUUCACUUUUUUUAAAUUAUUAUAGAAGUCCUCUACCGGAAUUUUUAGCCAGAGGACUUCGCGUGAGCCUGUCGACUGAUGAUCCGUUAAUGUUUCACUUUACAAAAGAGCCACUUAUGGAAGAAUAUAGUAUAGCUGCUCAAGUAUGGAAAUUGAGUACUUGCGACAUGUGCGAACUAGCAAGAAAUAGCGUUUUAAUGAGUGGUUUUUCACACUUUAUGAAAGAAUAUUGGUUAGGCGUGGAUUAUAUUAAAGAAGGCGUUCAGGGUAACGAUAUAAGUCGCACAAACGUACCUGAUAUAAGAGUAGCUUUCCGUUACGAAACUUUGGUCGAAGAAUUGACAAACAUAUUUAAAAAUGUUCCUCUACUAAAUUUGGCUGUUUCAGGAAUUUUAAGUGCUUUGAUUGCUUUACUCUUCGACUUGGAAAAACUUGUUGAAUUUAUGUCGAUAGGAACGUUAUUGGCAUAUACCAUCGUGAGUGCUUCCGUUAUUAUAUUGAGAUAUAAAAACGAUGGCAUAACACUUGGUAAUAAUAAUGGCGAUAAAGACAACGAAUCCAUUUUGAGUGCAUCGACGCAAUCGGAUGACGUAGAAAAACAUUCUUCCGUGGGAAAAUUAAAACCUGAAUUUUGGUGGUUGUCAAACAUUGUUCGUGGAUGUGGACAUAACGAAGUUAUAUCAGGCUCUGUUUUAAUGUUUGUUUGUUGCAGUGCAGUCCUUUCCGUUCAUUUACAUUUUUCAGCAUCGGAUUUAAUUAAUAAAGAGUGGUGGGCAAUCCUUGUUUUGAUAUUUUUAAUUUUUUGUUCCGUAGGAUGUCUUUUCGUCAUUGGAGCACAUGUUCAAAAUCCAUCGACUAAUUCAUUUCGAGUACCAUGGGUUCCUGUUAUACCUGGACUAUCGAUUUUAUGUAACGUCGGAUUAAUGGUUCAUCUUAACACUUUAACAUGGGUUCGUUUUAUGGUUUGGAUGACGUUAGGUCUUUUGGUUUACUUUUUAUAUGGUAUAAAACAUAGUAAAGAAGGUGAUGUAACAAGCACUUAUUCAAUGUUGAUAACAUCAUCAGAGGCUACCAAAGAACCCUGGGGAGCAAUGAAUUCGAGGGGAGAUUCUGAUGACCCCAACCUACAAAAUACUAAUGUGGAUGCAACCAAUGUUGAAAAUGAUAAAACUGAUAAUCAAUCAAAUCCAAUUUUUGAAAACGAUGAUAAAUAA